CCGGGUCGUUAUCCAACAAGGAAGUGUCACUUUAAUUUCCAUACUUAUUUUUAGUUUUUAUCUCACUUUGAAACUCAAAACGGGGUCUAAUGAAUACUUUGUUGCGGCGCUGGAUGCUGCGGCGGGUCCAAAAGUGGAGAGGGUUCCAUGUCGGCACUCCGAUGGCGACUUUUGACGUGAGAAAAGUUGAAUUAACUCCCUUGGAGCAGCGAAAGCUCACUUUCGACUCCCACGCCAUGGUGAUGGAGCUGGCGAGUAGUGGUUUGGACAAACGUCAGGCCGAGCUCAUCGUAUCCGCUCUGGUGACGUUGGCGACGGCCAACAUGGAUAUCGUCUACAAAGACAUGGUGACCAAGUCGCAUCAGGAAAUUGCGCUGCAGCAGAUCAUGGCCCACCUGGACGCCAUCAGGAAGGACAUGGUGAUUCUGGAGAAGAGCGACUUUGCCAACCUGCGCUCUGAGAAUAUAAAGAUGAAGCGAGAACUGGAGCAGCUGCAGAAUCGACUAAAAGAGGAAAGUGAAAAAGUCAGAGCGGAAACCAAGCUGGACAUCAACCUGGAGAGAAGUCGUGUUUCUGACAUGUUCACAGAACAGGAUAGGAAACUAAUGGAGGCCAACACAGAGUUCCAUCAAAAGAGAGCCGAGCUAGAACAUGACAACAUGGAGACUAGCAAGAAGAUGGACCUCCGGGUGGCUUCACUCAAAACGAUCCUGGAGUCACUCAAGCUGGAGACCAUUCGCUACCUCGCAGCGACGGUGUUUUCCUGCCUCGCAAUUUCUCUGGGGGUUUAUCGGCUGUGGAGGUGACAAGAGUGCCAUCUUCAUUUGGCUCACAAAAUAGUUCCAGCUGGAAAUACUUCUUUUAAACGUUAUUUUUUUAAGUGGAAGCUUCAGAUAUUUUACAUCAGGAUCAUUGAUAUGGAACAUUAGUUUACAAAUUUUUUUAUGGAAAUAUGACAUUCAUGAGUUGCUAACCAUGAUUUUUUGAAGUAAAACUAUGAGCAAGUUU